GGUCGCAACAUAGCCUAUAUAUAAGUAUAAUACCAUUCCAAAAUUAAGUACAGUUGGGAUACUAUUGCAACAUAAAAUUGAACGAUAUAUUACAGAUGUAUGAGUGAUAUUGUGUAUAUGAUACGUGUUUCUUAGAAUUUUCUGUAUGGGAAUAAGCAGUUGCGUCAAAGAAAUGAAUAAAUAAUUUGAUAUGGGAAGUUUCAUUUUGCUCCUUUAACAAUGCCAACGAAGACUUCUAUGUCUCAGCCAUGUGAGAUAUGCCUCGGUCACUGGGCUUCCUAUCCCAGAUUCUUUUCCCUCUUUCUCUCUCUCUCCAUCUCUUGAUAUGAAGAUAUCAGCAUUCCAUAUCAUCCUGGGAAUUUCAUUUCUCUCUGUCUCUCUCUUUGUAUACAGGAAAAAGAUGGGGUGCACUUAUUCUGUGUAUGGAAUUGGGAGGAAAAAGAAGCUGAGUAUCCCAGAAGUGGUUGUAUUUGCUCCUUGUAUGAGAAUUCCAGCACAAUGUGAUCUUCAAAGAGCCCUCAAGGGUCUAAUACCUCGUGAUGUUAUCGACAAAUUAUCUUGUCUAAGGAAUCGGAUUGCACUCGUUGCAGACGACACCGGAGGAUCCGCGAUUACUGAACUGCGGCAGGCACUGGAGGAGUACUUGUCAAUUCUAAUUGGACUUACUAAGAAAGAACAUGGCCUUGAGAACUUGGUGGAAUUCAAGUGGAAAAAUUUAGUAGAUGGAAGACAAGAGACUAGCGUAGCAAAUGCCUGGUUUGAAUUGCUAUCUGUUGUUCACAUGAUGGCUAUGCUCACAUUAUGUGAGGCUGACACAAUUAUGAUCCCCAAGGAUUAUUCUGGUUCUGGCUUUAGGGUCGUUUCUACAGAUUGUAAGAGAGAUGCUGUUGAUUUAUUGCUCAAGGCAGCAGGGUACCUCGAAUUUUGUGUCCGGAAUGUACUCUGUUGUAUACCACCAGAAAUCAAGAAAAGUAUGUCAAAAGAUUUGCAGGAUGGUGUACUAGAAGCUAUUUCCAUCCAAGCAUUAGGCCAGGGAACUGAAAUACAGCUUGGAUUAGCUAUUGAAAGUCAAAAGGCUACUUUAUCAGUGAAAAGGAGGUUGGCCUGUGAGCUGCUGAUAUAUUACAGUCAGGCUUAUCAAUGCAUUUCUGGAUGUGACUUAAGCCCUGGAUAUGGAAAGAAACAUAUGUGGUUCAUCAAAUGGAAAUUCCUUGAAGCAAAGGCUGCUGCUUAUUACUACCAUGGUCUGGUUCUGGACAAGGGUAGUGAACCUACAUGCCAUAUCAGUGCUGUAUGCUGUUUUCUAGCUGCACAAGAACUACUUGUAGAGAGCAAGAAAGCCUGCAUAAGCUUUUGCCUUGCAACUCCAGUAACCAGGGCACCUCCACUUUGGGGAGCUAUGAAGCAUUUACAUCAGAAAAUACCAGAGGUGGCAUCAAGGAAAUCUCAGAUGUAUGGCUACCUCUUAGAACAAGAAAAGGCUCUCCAAUCCUUACCUGAACUGCCAGAUUUCCAACUAUCACUGAGACCUGAUGACUAUGAAUUACCUGCAAUUGAUCCAGCCUGGGAUUCUGGAAACUGGGAAAAACAGGGCAAGCAGCCCCUUAAAGACCAUCUCAAUGACUCCGAGGAUGAGAUUGAAACUGAAUGAAACCACCUUAUUUACACUCAUUGUAUCUCUAUUCUUAUACAACUAGUUUACCUUAUAAUUUAUAUAGUAAGACAGAUAGUCACAUGCAAUGAAUGAUUGUUAAAUUGUUACUUUCAUAUUGAUCAUUAGCAUUGAUUUGGUGGUGUUCAUGACUUUUUAUGUUUGACAAGGAGGAAGUGUGGUGGUCCAAGAUUUGAACAUGAGAUUAGGUGUCAACCAACGACUCGAUAAUUAAUGCAACUACCUUUAAGAGGUGGUUCGAAACAUAGUGUGUAUUUUCUGAACAUGAUAAAUAAUACAAAAAGUACUAAUUUUCUACUAUAAAACAUAUUGUAGUUCCUACUAGCUAGAAGUGUAAUUUCUAAAGCAACAGCAUCAGAGAUGAAAAUUUUCAAGACCUGGGUUGAAAAACCUGCUUCCCUUUGAUGGUUACAUAAUGUUCAAGGGCAUGCUUGCCUUUCAUUGCGUUGGUACUCAUCAUUGGCCUCAUACAUCACUUUGUUGCUGGACAUAACAGCAAGAGCCAAGUAGGACAAGAAAGCCACGUAAGACAACACCAUGGAUAUCGUCAUG